UUAACACUUUUUUGGUGGGUCACAUAUACACACUAAGAAACUGUUAAAUUUAACACUGUGGGUAUUACAAUUAUUAUCUAAAAUUUGCUAUGUAGAAUGAUUGAUGUUAUAAGAGUAGUGCAUAAUCUGAAACAUACAUUAUUUUGACAGAUUAAGAUUGUCUUUAUAGUUCGUUUUCUUACAAACCGACAGACAAAAACGACUUAUUGAAACGUUGAGACAGUGUGAUGUGCUGUUGCUGCGUUUUUGAGCCGUAUGACGUUCCUAUUCCCGCGACAAGAAUCCACACCAAUCGAGCACAGAAGUGUGUGAUCUCCAGUCAUAUCAGCGGUUACUGUGGAAGAAAGGAGAGGUGGAGAACACUGGCCACUAUCAACGGACAUUGGGACUCGCCGUGAACAAGCGCUUUUUGAGGUGCACUGUAACCCUCUUGAGCAAUGGCAUCAAUAGAUCGAUCAAAGGGAACGUGUUGAGGCUCUGGGAAAUGGAGUCUCUAUUCGGCGGUGAGCUUAGGCUGCUGGGAGGUGGCGAGGGCUUAAAAGAGGACGGCUGUAGCGACGUGGGCUGGUCCUCCUCACCCCUCCCUGAAGACAUGUACUCCGCAUCCCACUUCACACUCAUCACCGCCUACCAGGACAUCAAGACACGGCUGGCGGGCCUGGAGAGAGAGAACAGCGGCAUUAAGAGGAAGCUCAAGAUCUACGAGAUCAAGUUCCCAAUGAUCAGUGAGUUUGGGGGGGACAGGAACUCCUACUGCAGCUUUGAGUCCAAGGAGAAUGUCCUGCUGCAGUCAGAGAACGGCAACCUGCAACAGAGAGUCAACGCCCUCACUCACGAGGCCCAGAAGAGGAAAGAGCGUGAGGAGCAGCUGGAGGAUGUGAUUCAGGCCUAUGAGAAAAUCCACAUGGAGAAGAGCAACCUCCAGAGAGACCUUGACAAAAUGACCAGUCUAGUGGAGAAACACGUAGAGCGAAUCCUAGGUCUGGAGUCUGCUCUGAGACAGAGGGACAACUCGCUACAGAAGUUCAACACCCAGCUACACAGCAAGGACAUCCAAUACCUGCAGCUGCACAGCCCAGACAAUCACAUGCUGGACUGUCCUGCGCUGACCCUACAGAACUCUCGUAGUCUAGACACUCUGUCAGACCUGAAGCUGCAGCGUCUGGAGGUGGAGCUAGAGGGGGCGCGGCACCAGGCCCAGGGGGCGUGUCAGAGGGAACAGGAAGUGAAGGCCGAGUGUGAGAGACUGCAGGAGGAGCUGAAACAGAUCCAGAACAACCACAUAGAGAGGCAGGAAAUGACAUCGUCGUGUGAGCAGUGUGAUGUGGAGUGGAUCAAGAAGGUGGGAGAUGAGCAGGUGAAUUUGGCACUAGCCUACACAGAGCUAACUGAGGAGUUGGGACGCCUGCAGAAACUGAGCUCCAAACAGAAAGAGAUCCUGAAGAAGACCUCCCAGGAGCAUCAUAGCCCGGUCCAACGCCAAUCCCACCCCCCAUCUCCCAUUCAUCACCAACGCCACUCCCCUGUGCCCCAGCGCCACUCCCCCAUCCCGCCCCAGCACCACUCCCCCAUCCCCCAGCGUCGCUCCCCAGUUCUCCAGCUACAGCGCCUCUCCCCGGACAUGCACCGACGCUCACCCCUGCUGGAUAUCAAUGAUGGGCCCGCCUCCUACUCCUGCCGGCCAGCCAGCCACCACCUGAGGGCUAGCUUCCAGGGCCGUCGCAGCUACUCCGAGGUCGCUGACCCUUCGGCCUACCAGCGGCCGCCGCGCCUCAGCCUGGACCCCGUGUCCACCCUGCCCAAGCCCCGGCCCUACAGGGACUCCAGCUACUCCAAGCAGCAUCAGCAGCACCAGCAUGGAGGCUCCCAGCAUGGGGGGUCCCCCCACAGAGGAGGCCAGCUCCGAGGUUCCCAGUCUGGGCUGCAGAGGGCCGGCAGCGAGGUGGGCCUCCACGAAAGUUCCCGCCACUCUCGAGAGCUGCCCUUCCCCCUGUCCGAGGUCUCUCCGAGGUCUCACCUGCACUUUGAGCCUCUGCCACCCCCCACGCCCGCCCCCCAGCUGCCGCAGUCCUCUGAAGACGAGGAGGAGUGGACCUGCCCGCACCCCAUCAGCCCCCCACGGACGCUGGGCGUGCCCAACAAUGUGUCGCCUCAUGGGGUCAUGAGGGGGCCGGCGUCCUGCUCGCCCUUCCCCAUCCCCUCCAGACCCAACACCCUGACCUGCCACCCGCCAAGUUACCUGCACACAGAGCACGCCCAGUCCUGGCCCUCCAUCAAUCUGUGGAUGGAGACAGAAGAGAGUGACAUGAGGAGCUGCCCUCUAUGCCAGCUCAUCUUCCCCAUUGGUUACCCUGACGACGCCCUCAUCAAGCACAUCGACUCGCACCUUGAGAACAGCAAGAUCUGAUCGCCAUGGCAGCACUGCACCCUCUUUUUAGUUGCUACAAUUUUUUACUUAUUGUGGAGUUAUUUUAGGUUUUGUUACGUUUUUAAGCUGGCUAGCUUUUGUUUGACAGUACUUGAGGGCUUUUUGUGGGUUUAUUAGCAUGUUUGGAAAAAUAGGUUGUUUUGGAAAUGACAUGGAUGGCGUUGCGGUUCAUGACAGACAAUUUCCUUGACAGACGCAAGAUCAGGGACAUUGCAGGCAACUUGCAGUCCAUUUGUUUUUAUAUCUCACACUUUAGCAGUACUACUUGCUGUAAAGCGUCCUGCUUUACUUUCCUCUCUACCUAUGUACAGCAAUACAGACCAACACAAUGAAUUCCUGGAAUUAUUUGGGUGACUCUAAUGGAUAGAUCCAGUCUGUUUUUUCUUCAGGGCUUUACGAUGUGCAGUCAGAGGUCAGAGUUAUGUUAUGGAGAGAGGAUGGCUGUGUUAAUUGUGUGUAGAAAGGAAUUUGUCCUGCAGGGCAGGCAUGUAGUUGGCGUGACGACCUCGCUGUAGUGGAGUGGAAGGAACACAUAGGCAGUUAAUCUUUAGGCUUGUGGCCUGAUCAAAACUCUAUAUGAAUCUUAGCACCUUAAAUUAACCUAAAUGAGCCUAUAUUAAAGCAUAAUCCCCCCCUAAAUUUUCCAUUUAAUGUGUAGUUUGAUAUAUCCGUUCAGUAACAAGUAAAAAGAAUCUUAAGAUAUAUUUUCAUUUUUUUUCUCCAAAUGAUAAUGUGUCACACAUGUAUUGUGUUGGUGACAUUUGACCCUCACAGGCGUACACACAGCUGUAUAUAGAUAGUAGGAAAGGAGGACUCCUUAUAGGGAAGAGCGCAGGGAAAAUAUUUGUAUAUGAUAACAGUGAUUCAACUGGGAGUCUCUAGUCUUCCUGAAGAAACAACCUGAAAACACUUGUAGUGGAACACUAUUUAUCACUUUUGUCCAAAAGAAAACAUUUCUCAAUCCUUACAGUCCAACACUGGCACACUUAGUAUUUUGUAUCUUAUACAAAGAUAUUUCAAAUAUAACCUCCAAAAUUCAGAGUGAGUGUUCGGGGUAAUAUUAUGGAAUCGUUUUUUUAUUGAGUCGAAUAUGUUGUACAUAAUUGUUAUCUGACAUUUUGGUGAGACACAGUGGCUGCGUUUACACAUGUCAAAACACACCAAUCAUAAUGUAACAGAUCAGAAUUGGGCUGCCUGUGUAUAUACAGCCAAUGUGAAUGUGUCAAUGUGUAUCCAUCAAUGCAUUUAGGUAGUUGUCAAUUUUGGACAAGAUUAUAUUCAGAAUUCACCAACAUGGCAAGUUGAACAAUGAAAUAACACAAGGGCCAUACAUUGAUUUGAGCAAAUCAGUGGCCUUUUAUAAACCACAAAUAUUCUAUACUGUUAUGUAUAUUCAUAUAUCACUCUGUGUAAAACUUUUAAAGCUGUGUACAGACAGGUAUUGUAAGCCUAAUGCAAGUUCUUCUGUGGUCAAUAACUUUAAUCAGGACAUCUGCUAUUAAUCAUCUCUAUUAUCCUGGCUACCAAUUUAAAAUAUACACAGAAAAAUCAUAUUCUGCUAUUAAUCUAUUUUGUAACCUACUGGUUUGAAGUACCGUUCUUGCUAGCUUAUCUUCAAUCAAUUUAACAACCUACAUGACUAAUACAGAAUGCUGUUGAUAAGCAUUUGAUAUAUUCUUGGCCCAAUUUGUAAUGUACCAAAGAAGAAAUGUAGCACACCAUAGUUUGGUUACUAUAAGAGCUAUAUAUAUAUAUAUAUAUAUAUAUAUAUAUAUAUAUAUAUAUAUAUAUAUAUAUAUAUAUAUAUAUAUAUAUAUAUAUAUAUAUAUAUAUAUAUAUAUAUAUAUAUAUAUAUAUAGUCCUAUAUAUAUACUAUAUAUAUAUAUAUAUCGUUUACUAAAUAUUCUAUAGUAGGUCUACAAACGGGUGGAAAAUUAACCAACUCACCUAUGUAAAAUCCUAUGGUCAUAUGUAAAAAAAAAAAAAAAACGCAGACACAUUUUUACAUCUCAAAAUGAUUUCACUUUGGGAACUCUGUUCCCACGCAUUCCUGCCCCUGGUAGUACAUCUAUAUUAUCUUUUGAAGCUAACAAUGAUGUAUAUGAUUGUGCAGUUAGAAUAAUGGUGUCAAUUGCUAGCCAGCCCACACAAAGACAACAUUGUCUGUCAUUGGCUGUGUACAGAAUGUCAUGUUGGAUUGUACCUUUUGAUUACUUUGAAUGAAGUACCCUUUCAUAACCAAAGAAACCUAGAUUAGAUUUAUGUACAGGAUAUACACUUAUCUCUCUUGAUGAUGACCAAGUAUCAAUUAAGCAUAUCAUGUUCACACAGAUAUGAAUGGAGAGAUAAUACACAGAUAUGAAUGGAGAGAUUACACACAGAUAUGAAUGGAGAGAUAAUACACAAAUAUGAAUGGAGAGAUGAUACACGGGAAUGAAUGGAGAGAUUACUAAAAUGUCAAUGUAAAUAGGAAUGGAGAGAUGAUACUGUUUUAAGGAAAACAUUCAUGACCAAAAUAUGUUGACCAGCAGCUGUAGUACAUAGCAAACACGCCUAUCAGCUCACAAUGUUAAGCAGUCAAAUGUAUAUACAGUAUGUUGUUAAUGUAAUGGCCACACACACACACACACACACACAACACACACACAGUCUGAUUCUCAAACCACUAUCCACAAAGAGGUAAGUUAUGUAAAGAUUUCCUCUCCUGCUUUUUUUUGUGCUGCAAAUCCUCCGUCAAGUUUCAAAUCAGAUCAAACACUGACGUUGACAAAGUCUAUAAACCCUCUUUCUAGCUUUGUGACUUAUCUGAUGAUAACAGUAAACCCUUGCGUGGAAAAACCCUCUCUGCGGCACCCUCGACGACUGACUGAUAAGAGCUCAACAGAUCUUUCUAACAAGCUAAAGGGCCACUAAUGAGGAAGAAGAAUCACUAUGGAGGUAUUUUGUGCACCGCUGGAUUUCAAGGACUUUCAACAACUUGUAUUUAAAAAUAAAAAAUAGUUGCGUAAGGAGUUGUGACUUUUUCUUUCUGUAUCUACAUUUUCUGAAAAAUAAACUGGAACUUGCACUGAAA